AUGAUGUCCUCAGUGAGUGGGGAGAAAACAGUCCCUAGAGCCCUUGCACAGAGGACUGGACAGCAUGGCUGUCGGGCCUGUCCUGUGGUUGCACCUUCUGCUCCUGUUUUCCCUCUGGGGGUCCUCAACUCCAGCUUUCCUCCUUAGGCGCCUAGGUGAGCACAUUCAGCGGUUUCAGGAGACCUCUGGCCUGGGCCUGAGCCUGGGCUCGGGUGGUGUGGCCCUCCCAAAAGAGGGGUGGCUUGAACAGCCACUGGACCCCUUCAAUGCCUCUGACAGACGAUCCUUCCUGCAGCGCUAUUGGGUAAAUGACCAAUAUUGGACCAGCCAGGAUGGACCUGUAUUCCUGCAUCUGGGGGGCGAAGGCAGCCUUGGGCCUGGCUCAGUGAUGAGAGGGCACCCUGCAACCUUGGCCCCAGUCUGGGGGGCCCUGGUGAUAGGUCUGGAACACAGAUAUUAUGGCCUGAGUAUACCUGCUGAGGGGCUGGACAUGGCCCGGCUCCACUUCUUGUCCAGCCGCCAUGCGCUGGCCGAUGUGGUCUCUGCCCGCCUCGCACUCUCCCGCCUCUUCAAUGUCUCCUCCUUCAGCCCCUGGAUCUGCUUCGGAGGCUCCUAUGCCGGCUCCCUGGCUGCCUGGGCCCGGCUGAAGUUUCCCCAUCUCAUUUUCGCCUCCGUCGCUUCUUCCGCUCCAGUGCGGGCCAUACUGGAUUUCUCCGAGUAUAAUGACGUGGUGUCUAGAAGCCUAAUGAACACUGAAAUUGGCGGAUCCCGGGAGUGCCGGGCGGCGGCGUCCGCGGCCUUUGCGGAGGUGGAAAGGCGGCUGCGCGCGGGCGGGGCAGUUCACGCGACGCUGCGGGCGGAGCUGGGCGCAUGUGGGUCCCUGGGGCGCGCUGCGGACCAGGCAGAGCUGCUGGGGGCGCUGCAGGCACUCGUGGGAGGCGCGGUGCAGUACGACGGGCAAGCGGGAGCGCCGCUGAGUGUGCGGCAGCUCUGCCGACUCCUCCUCGGGGAGCGGGGCAACGGCAGCAGCCCUGCGCCCUACCGCGGGCUUCGUCGGGCAGUGCAGGUUGUCACUCGCAGCCUGGGCCAGAAGUGUUUAAGCUUUUCUCGAGCAGAGACAGUGGCACAGCUGAAGGUCACAGAACCCCAAGUGUCCUGUGUGGGUGACCGGCAGUGGUUGUACCAGACCUGUACCGAGUUUGGCUACUAUGUCACCUGUGAGGUCCCUGGAUGCCCUUUCUCCCAGCUCCCAGCUCUACCCUCCCAACUAGAGCUAUGUGAGCAGGUGUUCGGACUUUCACCCUCAUCCAUAGCCCAGGCUGUGGCCCAGACGAACUCCUACUAUGGUGGCCAGACCCCAGGGGCCACCCAAGUGCUGUUUGUUAAUGGGGAUACAGACCCCUGGCAUGUGCUAAGUGUAACACAGCCUUUGGGACCCUCAGAGUCAGCCCUUCUCAUCCCUAAUGCCUCUCAUUGCUUGGACAUGGCACCUGAGAGGCCCUCAGACUCCCCCAGCCUCCGCCUAGCACGCCAGAACAUCUUCCAGCAGCUGCAGACCUGGCUGGGUCUGGCAAAGAAGAGCCAGGUUAGGGGUGGGGCCUAAGCCCCCCAUCCUCACCAAUCCCUGUGUGGCCACCUCCGUCCUGGAUAUAUACAUUUAUUGGACAAGAGAAAGCAGCUUGUUUUGAAAGAGGAAAUUCCCAGGAAUUCGGAUUUAGCACCUGUUCUGCAUAAAACUGACUUGUGUCUGCAAACAUCCUCACUCCCAACAAAAGUGCUUUGUUACAGACAAACAAUUAUGUAAAUAUAAGUGAUUAUUC